CUCUCCCUCGCUUCUCCCCGGGCUCCUGAGGACGGGGGCCACGGCAAGCAAUUUGGCAGCUCUGGGUUCCAGCUGCAUUGUGUCUGCCGCUGAGAGGCAGAGAGUGUGAGUGGGGAUCAGCAUGGCAGAACAAGAAGCCAGUGGCUUGCAGCUCCUUCUCUCCAGCCUCCAGAGCUCCCGUGACAAGGAUGUGAUCCUCAACAUUCUCAGCAUUCUCACAGACCUGCUGUCUAUUGGAACAGACCGACGAAUUCACUACAUGAUCAGCAAAGGGGGGAGUGAAGCUUUGUUGCAGGCUCUGAUGAAUGCUGCACAAACAGCCCAGCCAGACUACAGCAUCCUUUUACCUCUGCUUCGCCUGCUGGCUAAAGUAGGCCAAAGAGACAGGAAGUUUGGGUUGAAAGUGCAGAAACUGGAGGCAAUUGAUGUGACACUGAGCAUGGCAAGGAAAAAUCUGACUCACCACCUGAAUCUCAUCCACUGUCUCUGGGUCCUGCGGGUUUACGCCUCUAGUGUCUCUGCAGGAACCAAACUAGGCAUUAAUGGCGCCAUGGAGCUGCUUUUCAAAGUCAUCACUCCUUACACCAAGAAACACUCCAGGACAGUCAGGGCUGCCAUUGAGGUUCUAGCAGCUUUGCUGAAAUCAAAGUCUAACAGCCGACGGGCGGUCAACAGAGGCUACCUGUGUGAACUGCUCAGGCUGUACCAGGACUGGCACCGCUGCGACGCCUCCAAUAGGUACAUCCACGUCCGCAGGGGUCUCCUGCUCUGCCUCAAACACAUCACCAACAUCCAGUCUGCCAGGGAGAUUUUCCUCAGUGCCCGUGGCAUGGAGAUCCUCUUCACCACUGCACAGGAUUGCCUGGAUAGCAAGCCCCUGGAUCCUAUAGUAAAUACAGUGGCCCAGAUCCUGAGGAAGUGCUACCCUAAGGGGCCUCUGCCUUUGGCUACAGUACACAGCUCCUAUUCCUUCUCUCUUCCUGGGAGUGUCGGCUCCGAACCUCCCCGUGCAGGGCCUGAAGAUGACUGCGAAGAUGAUGGUGAGGAAGAGGUGGAAAAAGACCUAGAUAAUGAGGACCUGGAGCAUAAAGAGGAAGACGAUGAUUUGGAGACAGAUGUGAACAAACUGAGCUCAAAGCCAGGCCUUGACAGGCCAGAGGAGGAGCUUGAGCAAUAUGAGGCAAUGUGUCCUGAACUUUCCCUUACUUUCCAGGAGCUGGAAACAGGGUCUGAAGAUGAGAAGGGCUCUGAGGAUAUGCUUGGGAGCCUGCCAGGCACUCACCUCCCAGUCAUUCCAAAUGCUGCUUUCAUGAAGCAGCAGCGUUGCAGACACAGGGACCAAAGUGCCAUGGGGCCAGAGCCAGAGGAAACGGCGUUCAAGACUCCAGUGCAGAGCUGGGCAAAGAAGGAGAAAUGCACUGGGGCUCCAGCCCUUGAAAAGCGAGCGAUGGGAGAAUCAGUCCGAGAUGCAGAUGCUCUUGGUGAAAGAGAAGAUCCAUGCAGGAGCCAUGCGCCCACUCUGCAUCCUCCCCUAAAAGAAGCCUCCUGGGACACAAGAACAUUUCACACUCACUGUGCGAGCUGCUUUGGUCCCAGCCCUGUGGGGGGAGUGGGAGCCUCAAACACAGUAACAAAGCUUCUGGAGAGACACCAAGGGGAUAUCCCAUUCCACAGCCCCCACUUCUACAUGGCCAGGGCUGGAAGCACCAAGUCCAUUCCGGACUAUAGGGUCUUGGCGUUCCCUGAUUUUUGGGGCCACCAGCCCCCUCCUUAUUACCAGUCCCUGCUGGAGCGGAAAUAUGGAGUUCAAAGGGCCAAAAUAUUUGAGGAUGUUUGCCGUCUAAUCCAGCCAGGUGAUGUGAUAGACAGAGUUGUCUUUGAUUUAGAUGGGCGCAGCCCCUCAAGCACAGAUGCUCCUCCAGACUGCCUGAGAUUCUACUCCAAGUUUGAAUCAGGAAACCUCCGCAAAGCCACCCAAGUGCGCAAAUUUGAGUAUGAUUUGAUUAUGAACACCGAUGUGAACACCGUCCAGCACCACCAGUGGUUUUACUUUGAAGUCAGCACCAUGAAGCCAGCCGUUCCCUACCGCUUUAACAUCAUCAACUGCGAGAAGGUCAACAGCCAGUUUAAUUACGGCAUGCAGCCGGUCAUGUAUUCAGUGAAGGAAGCUCUCCAAGGCAGGCCUCACUGGAUUCGGGUGGGCUCUGAUAUCUGUUACUACAAAAACCAUUACCGCCGCAGUGCAGCCGCAGCGGGAGGCACACAAAGAAAAUCCUACUACACGCUCACCUUCACCGUCACGUUCUCUCAUGGGGAGGAUGUCUGCUACCUGGCCUACCAUUACCCCUACACUUACUCUGCACUGAUGUCCCACCUUGACAUCCUGGAAGAAAUCAGGAACCCCAAGAAGGUCUACUACAGGCAGCAGACACUGUGCCAGACUCUGGGAGGAAACCCAUGCCCACUGCUCACCAUCACUGCGAUGCCAGAGUCUAAAAGUAGUGAUGACCUGGAGCAGUUCCGCAAUCGUCCCUAUGUGGUGCUCAUGGCGCGUGUUCACCCUGGGGAGAGCAAUGCCAGCUGGGUAAUGAAGGGGACCGUGGAGUUCCUCGUGAGCGGUGACCCCAUUGCUGAGCUCCUGAGGAAAUGUUUCAUUUUCAAAAUCAUCCCCAUGCUCAAUCCAGAUGGAGUCAUCAAUGGCAACCACCGGUGUUCCUUGAGUGGGGAUGACCUGAAUAGACAGUGGCUGGCUCCCAGCUGCCAGCUCCAUCCAACCAUUUAUCACACCAAGGGCCUCCUCUACUACCUGUGCAGCGUUGGCCGGGCUCCACUGGUAUUCUGCGACUAUCACGGCCACUCCCAGAAGAAGAACGUGUUCCUCUACGGCUGCAGCAUCAAGGAAACCUUGUGGCAGGCAGGCUGCACCGUCGACACAGCAGUUGUCACAGAAGAUGUUGGCUACAGGACCCUACCAAAAAUCCUGGAUAAAGUGGCACCUGCAUUUGUCAUGAGCAGCUGUAGCUUCCUGGUGGAGAAGUCCCGUGAAUCGACAGCACGGGUAGUAGUGUGGCGAGAGAUUGGUGUGUUGAGGAGCUACACGAUGGAGAACACCUACUGUGGCUGCAGCCAUGGGCUCUACAAGGGCCUGCAGUUUGGAACGCGAGAGCUGGAGGAAAUGGGAGCCAAGUUCUGCCUGGGACUCCUCAUCCUGCAGCUCAAAUCCUUGCCCUGCAGCAAGAAGCUGAUGGCUCAGGCAGCAGCCCUGCUGGAUCCGGAGGAGGAGAUUGCAGACCGUUGGGCACAAAGGAGCAGCAGCACCAACAGCCUGGAGAUUGACGAUGAACCUCCUUGUGGGGAAGAUGUCGAUUACAAUACUGACAGCUGCUCUGACCAGGAAGGGGACUUCUCUGAGCUAGACGAAGAGAUCCGGGAGAUCUCCGUGAGGGCAGAAGGAGAGGUGGAAGAGGAGGGGGCCAGCGAGGGACAGACAUGCAGCUCCAGCGUUCUUGGAGGGUUUUACAUUUCCAGCCACCAAACAACCAAUAGCAAAGCUCUCCCACUACCAUCAACGUCACUCGGCGUGUUUGCUGGGUUUGAAAGCAGCCCUGCGUGAACAGAGCUUUGACUUACCGAGCAAUAAGCAAAUGGGUCACUGCUCCUCUUUACCCGUUUGCCGGCUUCAGCUUUGUUCCCAGAUGUGUUGCCCCAGUUCUGCAUGGAAAACUGACUUUAUGUUUAUGGAAAAUAUAUAUAGAGAGAGAGAAAGGUUCCCUACCCUGUGCAUACAGGGAGGGGUGAGCAGUCACUUGUCCAUAUGGUGCAAUGUGAAGACUUAGGGCAUUCUUAUACAUCGUCACCAGUGCAAUCACUUUCUCUAAUUUAGUUGUCCGUGGCUUCA